UUGCAUGAGUUGCGCUGCUGCAAGAGGUUGGAGCUCAGUUGUCUGGAAAGGCGAACCGAGCGGCGAGGACGAGCUGCCUGCCUGCGAGACACGAGCCCCCAGUUCCCCCUCCUCCCGAUCGCACCCCUCCAAAAUGGAGCUGCCGGCAGUAGGAGAGCACGUCUUCGCGGUGGAAAGCAUCGAAAAGAAGCGCAUCCGGAAGGGCCGAGUGGAAUACCUCGUCAAAUGGAGAGGCUGGUCUUCCAAAUAUAACACGUGGGAGCCGGAGGAAAAUAUUCUGGAUCCCAGGCUACUGAUCGCCUUUCAAAACAGGGAGAGGCAGGAGCAACUGAUGGGAUACCGCAAACGAGGACCAAAACCAAAGCCUCUGGUAGUUCAGUUGCCAUCCUUUGCACGCCGCUCGAAUGUCCUCACCGGACUUCAGGGCCCUGCCAUGGAAAACAGGCCGAAACUGGACCUUGGUAGCUCUGGCAAAAGCCAGCAACAUCAGUAUGAGCUCAAUAGCAAGAAGCAUCACCAGUACCAGCCAAAUGGCAAGGAGAGCAGCAUAAAGCAUCAGUCCCACAGCAAAGGGAAGUACUACUACCAGCUGAACAGCAAGAAGCAUCACCACUACCAGCCUGAUCCCAAGAUGUACGAGCCCCACUACCAGCCUAGCAGCAAAGAGCCGCAGCAAGGGCAGGCCUGCUUGGACCACAGCAAGAGCACGCUGAUGUCCCACUCGGACAAGUGGUCUCAUGGGUCAGCCAAAAGCUUGCUGAACUCAGUAAAGAACCAAGGUGGUGCUGAAGGAAAGAACGGGGCAGAGAAGAACCUGUCCAGUGGCACAGGGCCACCCCCACCACCUCCCCGCGAUGGCGUGACCAGCAACGGCAUUGGUGGCAAAAUGAAGAUUGUCAAGAAUAAAAACAAGAAUGGCCGCAUCGUGAUUGUCAUGAGCAAGUACAUGGAGAAUGGCAUGCAGGCAGUGAAGAUAAAGUCUGGAGAGCCCCCCAAGAAGCGCAUGGUGGAGGAUAGGACUCCUAAGAAAGGAGUGGAGGAGAGACAGGCAUCGUGGAAAAAGCACGGAGAGGAGAGAUGGUCAGGCAGUGACCCCAAAGGAAAAUCUGGGACUGAAGUCACUCAGGUUGUUCCUGAGCUCGGGACUAGCCCCCCAAAGACUGCAGCGCUGAGUAAAGAGCUGCCCGUUCCUGAGCAGCAACCUCUGCAGCUCACCACCAAGUCAAACCUUGCCCCAUGGACCCUGGAUUCUAGUCAGCAGGAACACAGCUCUGCCACCACGGGGCUGAACCUCUCCUCCAGCUGCUGUGGGUCCCGGAAGCGCUGCCUCUCUGAGCCCCACGGGGACAAGGAAAGUGGCAAGAAGCGCCUGACUUCACGGAGCAUCAGUGCCCCCACCUGCUUGAGCCCUUCGGCCCCAGAGAGACCUCAGCCCCCUGCCCUCCCCACUUCCCAGCCUGAGGUGAUCCUGCUGGACUCGGACUUAGAUGAGCCCAUAGACUUGCGGUGCGUCAAGGCUCGGGCGGAUAGCGAGCUGGGCCUGGUGCAAGUAAAACCAGAAGCUCCCUUGGCACCAGCAGAGAAGCCAGUGCCAGAGCCUCCGAAGCAGGUGGAACAGUUUGAGGGGGAGGCGGAGGAGGAGGAGGAGGAGGAGCCCAUGCAGGAGUUCAAGCCUUUCUUUGGGAAUAUAAUAAUUACAGAUGUGACGGCAAACUGCCUGACUGUGACCUUCAAGGAAUAUGUCAUGGUGUGAGGAGGUUCUGGCACAGGCUCCUGGCGCUCUCCCUUGGCAGCCUGACACAUGACUCCUCCUCUAAGGUAUUGUUCUAUCCAGAGUAACUACAUGGCACUGCAUGUAGGGCAGGUCCUACUGAGACCGGACACCUUCCUGCCCUGGAGGAAGAGAGGGCGGAGUACAGCGCUUCUGCUUCACUAGAGGGUGGCCUUCCAUACUGGUUGGUUCCUAAAGUACCAUCUCUGCCCUCUAGAGCAUCACGUGAUGAGGGUGGCAGCUUCCCAGCUAACUCACGGGAGAGUUACAUAGUAUUAUAUUUUAACAGUGCUAACUUGUUGAGUGGUUCUUGCUCCCGUUUGUAUGUGGUGUUGCUGAACAUGUAUUGUUUGAGCUGAAAGCAGGCCUCCCUGGGUGGGCCGUGCUGAUAUAUUUAUUUGUAGGUAUUUAUAUAAUGAAAUAUAAAAAGCCUAGAUUUAUGGAGUUCCCUAGAUCGCCCUAUAUAUAUAUAAUUAUAUUGAAUACAUAUAUUAUAUAUAUAUAUAUAUAUUAAAAAAACUAUAUCAGAAUAUUUUUUUUUCCUUUUUAAAAGCCACUUCUGGUUUUGUUUUCCUUACCCUUCUUUUUCAUAAAACUGCAGAACCAUCCCUUCCUCUGGUAUAUAUUUUUUGAUACUUUCAACACAUGUCGUUUUCAGUGUGCAAAAAAAAAAAAAAUUAUUAUCUAAAGCUAAACAAGCUAUUAUAGAAAGUGCUGCUACUAGAAAUGUCUAAACUAUAAGCUUCCAAUUAUUAAGAAUUGCUUGAAUGUAAAUAUUAAAUGGAGAUGUUGAAAGUGCAUUUGAUGUUCUGCAGCUAGCCUAGGUCUGGGUUGCAAAGACCAGCUGUAAAAGUGGUGGGGCCUUGGCCACUGAUGGGUACCUGUUGGUCUUCGAGGACUGUAUGGUGGAGGAAGGAAAAUUGUGUGUCAUACAGUCAUUGCAAAGGACUAUAAACCUUUCCAAAAACA